UCACACUUCAUCUUCGGUUUUUGGAUCGUUGAACCAAAAUAAGGGGAAAAGCUCCUGUACUGGCGGCAGAGGAGAAGGAGAACGAGAUCGAUCGUACAGAGAGAGAGGGAGAGAGAGAAAGGGGGGCGGGGGGGAAUGGAGCAGGCCUCUGGUUCUGGGAAUGCCGUAGAAGAAAUGUCGAAGACGACGCAGCAGCAGCAGAAAGAAGAGAAAUCAUGGCAUUCCUACAUAUCGGAGGAUCUGCCGCGAACUGUCGUCCAGUCCACCGACUCCGCCAUUCGUUCCGCCCGUUCUCUCCAGCAUAACUCCUCUACUCAUCUUCGAACCCUACGGGAUUUUUUUCCAAAAAUUAAAUCCCAUUAUAAUGCUUUUGAAGAUGCUUUCUUCAGCAAGGUUAAAGCUGAGUUGAUAGGAGCAAGAGAACACCCAUUUGUGGCGGGAGGAGUUGCUAUUACAACUAGCAUUCUGCUUAUGCGAGGUUCAAGAAGAUUCUUGUUUCGGCAUACCUUUGGUCGGUUCCAGAGUGAGGAGUCACAGAUAAUUAAAGCUGAGAAGAAUGUCAAAGAGCUGAAUCUUUCUGUUGAUUUGAUGAAGAAGGAGAGUCGAAAACUGCUUGAAAGGGCUGCUCUUGCCGAAAAGGAUAUGAAACAGGGCCAUUUUGAGCUAAUGAAUGCUGGAUCUCAGAUCCAACGUCGGGCAAAAUCUGCAUACAAGGUUGAAGUCCAAGCUUCUGAACUGAUGGAAGGAUUGCGAGAAAUCCCUGGGAGGGAGGCUUUGAGGCUUAGAGCAGAGGUUGCUUCAAUGACAUCAAUUCUACGACAGCAGAGGGUUGCCAUGAACAAAAGGAUAAUGAAGAUUUCAGAAUUGGGCAUACCUGUUUGAUUUGAUUUUUGAGUGAAGUUUGCAUUUGCAUCAUGGACUCUGUAAUCUGUCUGUAGAGAGCAUUAGCUGCUCAAGGAAAUUAAUCCAUGUUUAAGUUGCACACCAAACCAAUUACUAACACCAGAAUUAGGCAGCAGGAUGUGCAGCUGACGCUGGAAAAUGAUCAAUUUUUAAAUGGGUAAAUUACACUUUUUGAGUA